AUGGACAAUUUGAGUGAAAGCAAUAAUUCGACUUAUUCCUUUUUUUAUAAAAAUUUGUCUGUUACGGGGUUUUAUGAAGAGAAUGCUCUGUUUAUGACUGUUAAGGAACUAUUUGAUAAUUCUAUUGAUGCUCUAUCUGGUGUAAAGGGUAAAGGAAAAGAGGUGCAAAUUUCAAUAAGGGAACACGACAGGAAUUUGUCUCUUUAUGAAAUAAUAUGUCGAGAUAAUGGAGAAGGUACUGAAAUUAAAGAUUUAGAAAAAUUCUCUGAGAUGUUUUUAACAUCAAAAGAUAACAGUAAAACAAGUGGGAAAUUUGGUAUUGGGUUGAAAACAAUAUUGCUUUAUUCGUUCAAAACAGCUUACGGAUUUUUGCACUUAAAAGUAAGGGUAGAAGAAAAUAAAAUAUGGGAUUUUAUGCUAGUAAUUGACAAGGAUUUAAGUCAUACCUUUGUGCAGAAUUUUAAGGAAUACAUGGAUAAAGAAUGGACGUGGUCCAUAGAAAUAUCAGUCAUUUUAAAAAUUAAUAAUGCGUGUAAUAUAUACGAUAAGAGAAUCUCUUUUUAUAUGAAAUUAACCCUUUUGUGGAAGAAGGAUAUAAAUAUUAAGUGUUGUUAUGACAAUGUUGAAGAGUUUACACACACAUGUGAAGAACAUCAUUCCAAUGAUGAUGAACACUUUUUGUUAGACUCAUUAGUAGAUAAUUGUACAAGUAUGAUAUUCAGAAAAAAUCAUCUUACUUCAUACAAUUUUAACGUAAACACAUACAUAAACGUCAGAAAAUCAGGAAAAUUCGAUGAGAACGGGAUGAGAAUUAAUACUGGACAUAUUUAUUUAAUUCGUUAUGUGAAUUCCAUGCCCCUUUUAGGAAACACCGCAACUGAUUGUUCCAUAACUAAAAGCUUUGCGAAUUUUCUGAAGUUAUAUGGUCCUCAAUUUGGAAUGGAGCUUUUUACCGUUGGAAACCUCGAGGAAAUAUAUUCAGAAGAACCAAUUAAUCUAGAAUGUUUUAAAGAUUUAAACGAAAUAGGUCACAUGUUUCGUGUUAAGAAGUCGGAGAAGUCUACAUGGAAUAUAAUAGUCCUAGGAAUCGACGUUCGAGGGAGUGAUAUAUCUUUUGCCAAUUUAACCAAAACCUGCAUAAAUGAAGGAAAAGCUCUUUCCAGUUUAAUAAGCAAAUGUACACUUGGAUUGUUCAAUAGCAUAAAAAUGCAGCUUCCCGAUGAGUUUGAGAGUUUGUCGGACUAUCAAUUGAGACAAGCUUUAGACAUAUAUGGUGUCCAGUUAGCUUCAUCAUUGAGUAAAAUCAUUUUGAAAGGAAGAGAUGAAUUUAAAAAUAAGGUUCUUUUUCUAUUAAAUGAAAAAAGAAAGGAUAGUAAUAAUAGAAAUUCAGAGAUAGAUAAAGAAGGAAGUACCAUACUUAAUAAUUCAAGUGAGAAGGAGCUAAUGGAUGAGUUGUAUUAUCAUAUUAGGGAAAAGGUUCUAAGUGAUGAAAAAGGGUAUAAUAAUGUAAAUGUUAAUGUAAGUAGCUAUUCUUCCGGAGAAUCAAAUGUAUCAAGUUAUGAAGAUGGCGACAGGGAUGAUGAGGAAAACUACGAAGACAUAUAG